AUAGAGGUCUACCUGUUUGGCUUGUAAUGUCAGAAUUACUAUCAAAACAAUAAAAAAGCAAACAACUUGUUGCAUUGAUUUUGAAUAAAUAAUUUAAAACCGCGAAAACUGAAUGAAUGCUCAAAAUUUCUUUUCAAUAUCAUGUUCUAUAUAUCUCUUAUGGUUUAUUUCGCGACAAAAACUGUAGAUUUUGUCGAUGCAUUCGUUGCAAUAAGCAUUUUGAAAACACCCGAAUUUGAAUAUUUUCUGAACAAUUUUUUAUUAUUGAAAAGAAGACACACACAUAAGCAAAUGAAGUUGACAUAUUAAGCCAGAAAAAUAAAAAAAUUUAAAUCAUAUGGUAGUUCUGCCCUACCUUGAAUUCAUUGUACCAUGUACCAAACGAAAUAAUUGUGUCACUUUAGAUGUCAAAAUUACUUCUCUGUUUACAUUAUAUUCCUAUAUCCUAAUAAAUCUCAUACAAAUUCCUGUGUAUAAAAUGCGUUAUUUUGAACAAAAUUGCCCAUUAGAAAGUAAUUCAAUACCACCGCAAUAUAAUUAUAUGUGGAGUGAAAUAAUUCAAAAUUAUUACCGUCUAUGUGACCGUUAUAGCCGCGUAAUAACAAAACGUAAAGAAAUUUGGAAAUUAGCCCAGCCAAAACAUACAAAAUCGAAAUAUCGACAGAAAAAGAAAUGUCCACGUCCAGUGACAUGUAAAGUUGAAAUCAUAAAUAAAUGUGAUAAAACCGAAAGAACCCGCACUGAACAGUUGGCGUAUCCUCAGUUAAGACAGCUCAGCCAACUUAAAAGCCAUCCCUCAUUCAGUGUCUUCAAUGAUAUUCGAAAAAGUGGAGUUAAUCGUUUAAUGAGAAAGAGCUAUCUAUCCGUCUAUAGCCGCCUGCAAAACAUAGUACCAGAAGAAACCAAAACUCCAACAAAAUCGUGGAAUACGGAAAAUAAAUCAAAACUUGUGCAGCGAAUGAAAGCACUUUCAACACCAAAGAAAAUAAUUGAGGUCGAAGAAGAUCGGUCAAGGAAUCGUCUCCGAAGUGAAGGUCCGAAAAUGAGACGUAUUCGCAAAUUAAGCAAACCAAGGAUACGCAAAGAAAUCAUCCCUAAUGAGUGGAUGUUUACGAAAGGUUUGAAAAACUUUAAACCUACUGAAAGAUUAUUGAAAAUAUCUCAACCCAAAAAAUACGAUGAACUCACUGCAAGGGAAGAUCCUCAUCGUAUUCCCCAGAAUGCUUUAAAUUAUAAAGCUUCAAGACGUAUUAAAGCCCUCGCAGAACCAGCGAAAACUAGAGUCAAAAUUGAAGUACAUCCCGAAAAUCCAUUUAAAACAAAUUUAAAAGCCUUAAAGGCAGUGGCAUCAAAACGUGUCCAAGAAUUGGCAAAUCCCAAAGAUUACAUAGAUGAAAAUAAUCGCUCUGAUGCGUAUCGGGUAUCUCGCAAAGCAUUGCAAGCCAAAGCAACACCACGUCUUAAAGAAUUGGCCGAACCAAGGAAAAGAACUUAGUUGUUUCUGUUCUGAGCAUGUUUCUGUAUGGCGUACCGAAUGUGACCGCGAAAGAAAACACCAUUCAAAUGUGUUUCUCACACUUCUUUUUUUUGAGUUAAAUCAAAAGUUUAAAAAACACAUUUGCAAUGGUGUUUUUUUUUUUUUUUUUUUCUUUGUCCGUCCUACAGAAACUGACUUUUAAAAAUUUCAUUUAUUGUCCAAAAUCUGCAAUUACUUUUUACAAUAAUUAAGGCAAAAAUGAGUCUUUGGAAAAUGUUUCAUUACGAAGGCCUCGAUCGUAACAUGAAUAUGAACGUAGUUAAAAAGUGGUUACAUUCAAAUUUUCUCAGCGUUGCAAAUAUUUAAAUCAAUUCAACGAUAUAUAUAACGAUAAUUUUUAUAUUCCAUUUACUGACCACUCUUACAAUAAAACCAUUUUUCUUUUUUGUUACCUUCAAUAAUUUGUGUAUAUUUUUGUUGUAUCAUAACAUUGUUUCUUUAAACAGUUUAUACCUUCUAAGAUCUUAAAAAUAUUGUAGAGUAAGUUUUGCAUGCAAAUUGAGACAC